AUGAAGAAGUCGGGCGCCGAGUUGGGGCAGCAGGCGCAGGCGGCAGCAGCAGCAGCAGGGGCCCGGGCAGGAGCGGCGGCGGCCCGAGGGGCGCUCCGUGGCAUGCGCCAGUCUCCCGGAGGCCGGGGCGCGCGCGGGGGCCCGGGGGCGCCCGCCGGGGCUCGGGGGCCUGCGCUCCGGCUGCCCCACCCCGCGCGGCCCGCGCCGAGCGCUGCUCUCGGGCCCCGGCGCGCCCCGGAGGAACGCGGCCGCCGCUUCCCUGGGGCCGGCGAAGCCUGCCGGGGUCGGCGCCUCCCCAGAAAGAGGCCCCCCCGCAGCGGCUCCCGACGAUCGGGCUCGCCAGCCUCGGCUUCCUACAUGGAAGAUCCGCGGGGGCAAAAAAAAAAAUAA